ACGACCUGGAGGUUCCAAGGCCCUCUCUCCGGGAGAGCCCUGAAGGAAAUUUAUUUUGGGGGGGUGGUUUGCUCUGGGCAUUCGCUGUGCCCAGUAGUUGAAAAGUGAACUCGACGCGUGAUGGUUCUCCUGUCACUUUGGUUGAUAGCAGCCGCUCUGGUAGAGGUUAGGACUUCAGCUGAUGGACAAGCUGGUAAUGAAGAAAUGGUGCAAAUAGAUUUACCAGUAAAGAGACAGAGAGAGUAUGAGCUGGUGACUCCAGUCAGCACAAAUUUUGAAGGACACUAUCUCUCCCAUAUUCUUUCUGCAAAUCACAAAAAGAGGGCAACGAGGGACGUGUCUGCCAACUCUGAGCAAUUGUUCUUUAACGUCACAGCAUUUGGAAGAGAUUUUCACCUGCGACUAAAGCCCAACACUCAGCUAGUAGCCCCUGGCGCUGUUGUGGAAUGGCAUGAGACGUCUCUGGUGCCUGGGAAUAGAACCGGCCCCAUUAAUGAUCAUCAACCAGGAAGUGCUUCAGAAAGAAUCUGGAAAACAGAGCCUUUGCAGACUAACUGUGCUUAUGUUGGUGACAUCAUGGACAUUCCAGGAACCUCUGUUGCCAUUAGCAACUGUGAUGGUCUGGCUGGAAUGAUAAAAAGUGACAAUGAUGAGUAUUUCAUAGAACCCUUGGAAAGAGGUAAGCAGAUGGAGGAAGAAAAGGGAAGGAUUCAUGUUGUCUACAAGAGAUCAGCGGUAGAACGGGCUCCCAUAGACAUGUCCCAAGACUUCCACUACAGAGAACCGGAACUGGAAGGCCUUGAUGAUCUAGGUACUGUUUACAGCAGCGUUGACCAGCAACUAAAUGAAACCAUGAGGCGCCGCAGACACGCGGGAGAAAAUGACUACAACAUCGAGGUACUGCUGGGAGUGGAUGACUCUGUGGUCCGUUUCCACGGCAAAGAGCACGUCCAAAACUACCUCCUCACCCUGAUGAACAUUGUGAAUGAAAUUUACCAUGAUGAGUCCCUGGGAGUGCAUAUAAAUGUGGUCCUGGUGCGCAUGAUAAUGCUGGGUUAUGCAAAGUCCAUCAGCCUCAUAGAAAGGGGAAACCCAUCCAGGAGCUUGGAGAACGUGUGUCGCUGGGCUUGCCAACAACAAAAAUCUGAUCCCAAUCACUCUGAACACCAUGAUCAUGCAAUUUUCUUAACCAGGCAAGACUUUGGACCUGCAGGAAUGCAAGGAUAUGCUCCAGUCACAGGCAUGUGUCAUCCAGUGAGAAGUUGUACCCUGAAUCAUGAGGAUGGUUUUUCAUCUGCUUUUGUAGUAGCCCAUGAAACUGGCCAUGUGUUGGGAAUGGAGCAUGAUGGACAAGGCAACAGGUGUGGUGAUGAGACUGCGAUGGGAAGUGUCAUGGCUCCUUUGGUGCAAGCAGCGUUUCAUCGUUACCACUGGUCCCGAUGCAGUGGCCAAGAACUGAAAAGAUACAUUCAUUCCUAUGACUGUCUCCUUGAUGACCCUUUUGAACAUGACUGGCCCAAACUCCCAGAACUUCCUGGAAUCAAUUAUUCUAUGGAUGAGCAAUGCCGUUUUGACUUUGGGGUUGGUUACAAAAUGUGCACUGCGUUCCGAACCUUUGACCCAUGUAAACAGCUUUGGUGCAGCCAUCCUGAUAAUCCCUACUUUUGUAAGACUAAAAAAGGACCCCCACUUGAUGGGACCGAAUGUGCUGCUGGAAAAUGGUGCUAUAAGGGUCAUUGCAUGUGGAAGAAUGCUAACCAGCAAAAACAAGAUGGCAACUGGGGAUCGUGGACCAAAUUUGGCUCCUGUUCCCGGACAUGUGGGACCGGUGUUCGCUUCAGAACACGCCAGUGCAAUAAUCCAAUGCCCAUCAAUGGUGGUCAGGAUUGUCCUGGUGUUAACUUUGAGUACCAGCUUUGUAAUACAGAAGAAUGCCAAAAACAUUUUGAGGACUUCAGAGCCCAGCAGUGCCAGCAGCGUAACUCCCACUUUGAAUACCAGAACACCAAACACCACUGGCUGCCAUAUGAACAUCCCGACUCCAAGAAAAGAUGCCACCUUUACUGUCAAUCCAAAGAGACUGGAGAUGUUGCUUACAUGAAACAACUGGUGCACGAUGGAACGCGCUGCUCUUACAAAGACCCGUACAGCAUCUGUGUGCGCGGAGAGUGUGUGAAAGUGGGCUGUGAUAAAGAAAUCGGUUCUAACAAGGUUGAGGAUAAGUGUGGUGUCUGUGGAGGAGAUAAUUCCCAUUGUCGAACCGUAAAGGGGACAUUUACCAGAACACCCAGGAAGCUUGGGUACCUUAAGAUGUUUGAUAUACCCCCUGGUGCUAGACAUGUGUUAAUCCAAGAAGACGAGGCUUCUCCUCAUAUUCUUGCAAUUAAGAAUCAGGCUACAGGCCACUAUAUUUUAAAUGGCAAAGGGGAGGAAGCCAAGUCGAAGACCUUCAUAGAUCUUGGCGUGGAAUGGGAUUAUAACAUUGAAGAUGACAUUGAAACUCUUCACACCGAUGGACCUCUACAUGAUCCUGUUAUUGUUUUGAUUAUACCUCAGGAGAACGAUACCCGCUCUAGCCUGACAUAUAAAUACAUCAUCCAUGAGGACUCUGCACCUACAAUCAACAACAACAAUGUCAUCCAGGAAGAAUUAGAUACUUUUGAGUGGGCAUUGAAGAGCUGGUCUCAGUGUUCCAAACCCUGUGGUGGAGGUUUCCAGUACACUAAAUAUGGAUGCCGUAGGAAAAGUGAUAAUAAAAUGGUUCAUCGCAGCUUCUGUGAGGCCAACAAAAAACCAAAACCUAUUAGAAGAAUGUGCAAUAUUCAAGAGUGCACACAUCCCCUCUGGGCCGCGGAAGAGUGGGAGCACUGCACCAAAACCUGCGGCAGUUCCGGCUACCAGCUCCGCACGGUGCGCUGCCUCCAGCCGCUCCACGACGGCACCAACCGCUCCGUGCACAGCAAGUACUGCGUGGGUGACCGUCCUGAGAGCCGCCGGCCUUGUAACAGAGUGCCCUGCCCGGCCCAGUGGAAAACGGGGCCCUGGAAUGAGUGUUCAGUAACCUGCGGUGAAGGGACAGAGGUGAGACAGGUCCUCUGCAGGGCUGGUGACCACUGUGACGGUGAAAAGCCUGAGUCUGUCCGAGCUUGUCAGCUGCCUCCUUGUAAUGAUGAGCCAUGUUUGGGAGAUAAGUCCAUAUUCUGUCAAAUGGAGGUGCUGGCGCGAUAUUGCUCCAUACCAGGUUAUAACAAGUUAUGUUGUGAGUCAUGUAGCAAGCGCAGUAGCACCCUGCCACCACCAUACAUUCCGGAAGCUGCUGAAACUCAUGAUGAUGCUAUCUUUAACUCCAGUGACCUCCCUCGAUCUCUAGUGAUGCCUACAUCUUUGGUUCCUUACUAUGCAGAGACUCCUGCUGAGAAGAAGAAAUCUUUGAGCAGGAUCUCUUCUGUAGGAGGUCCAAAUGCACAUGCUGCUUUCAGGCCAAACAGUAAAUCCAGUGGUGCUAACUUACCCCAAAGGAGAGCUCAGCCAGCAGAAAAUAAGACUCUGAGACUGGUCUCCCCCACCACCAAGAGUGGCCACCUCACUUCAUCUCCACAAAUGGCUGCUGCCUCCUUCCUGGCAGCCAGUGAUUCCAUAGGUGCUUCUUCUCAGGCAAGAACCUCAAAGAAAGAUGAAAAGAUUAUUGACAAGAGACGUCUGCUAAGAUCAUCCACUUUGGAAAGAUGAGAAAGUGAAGCCAAAAGGCUAGACGUCCGUGGAAAAUCUGGACAAGUUCCCUCUCCCCGUGGUGCAUACAGCUCUUUUAAAGUGGAAAUCUCCAUAAAUCGUCAACUCAUUUUAUCUGUAAGUGGAAGAACAAAAAGUGCUGGUUCACUUUCUAGUUGCUUUCAUCCUCCUUUUGUUCUGCAUUGACUCAUUUACCAGAAUUCGUUGGAAGAAAGCACCAAAGAUUAU